CUCUAUCAGUAAGUUCAAAGUAGCAAGAGAUCCAGACACUCAACAGGAUGCUGUUGUGGGACUUUGCUCCCUGGGCUCCUAUCCUCACUCCUGUGAGACUGUGGGCAGCUCUGCUGCUCCUGGGAACAGCUGAUAGUCGAGUUGUGUUCCAGAGAAAACCAAUGACCCUGCAUUAUGAGGAGGAAUCACCUCCUGAGAGUGUCAGCAACCAUGACAAGGAGGACUUCAGGACAUCAAGCUUCAGCUCUCGCAUCAGCCAGACCUCUGGGCCAAAAUCAGAAGGAUACUCCUAUGAAAGAUUCAAGGGCUUUGCUUUCAGCAAUCCCUUACACUUGGUUGUAUCAUAUGAUUGGCUGAUAUUACAAGUUCCAGUUCAGCCGGUGUUUGAGGGAGACCCUCUGAUUCUUCACUGCCUGGCAUGGGGGGAAUGGCCUCUGUCCCAGGUCACCUUCUACAGAGAUAGCUCGGCCUUGGCCCCCUCUGGACCUGACCCAGUGCUCUCUAUUGAUAUGGUUCAUGCGGCGGACAGUGGCCACUAUCACUGCAGUGGAAUCUUCAAGAGACCUGGCCCUGGAGCCAAGAAGGCAGUUCCUGUAUUCCUUAGAGUACAAGAGCUGUUUCUACCUCCAACAAUGACAGCAACCCCCUCCACACAGCCCCAGGAGGGGAGCCAGAUGACCUUGAGCUGUGAGACCAAGCUGAGCCCCCAGAGAUCAGUCUCCAUGCUUCACUUCUCUUUCUACAAGGAUGGCAAGAUGGUUCGGGCCAAAGACAGGUCCUCAAAAUACAGGAUCCCAGGAGUGCAGAUGGGAGACUCCGGGUCAUACUGGUGUGAGGCAGCCACAGAGGAUGGUCAUAUUCGGAAACAGAGUCCCAAGCUUGAGAUUCAGGUGCAGAAUUCUACUUCAAGAAGACCUGCCAGAACAACAGUUCCACCUACUUCAGAUCCAGGUCCUGAAAAGUCAGCCCCUCCCAAACCGGCUCCUCCAGAUCCCCGAAGCCCUCCUCCAUACAGUCCCCCUUCUUCAGGGAGCCAGUCUUCCGAUGGUUCAUGCUCCAACCCUUCCCUAAAGAUGCAAGAUCCUCACCUGAACUACCAGAUGCAAAUCCUGAUCAGUGACAUGCAAAAUGUGAGAACCCUGCUGGGUCACUUGGUAAUAGAACUCAGAGAGUUCUUUGACCAUCUUAAAUCCAAGGCUUCAGGAACAGCUGAAGGUAGAGGUCCCAAAGCCCAAGGGGCUCCAGGAACUUCUAAGGGUCCACAGAGGGAAUAAGCUUGAGGCUGACUCUCAUUCUUAUAAUAGGAUCUGGGUUUUAUUGAGUCUUUGUUCCUAUUCAUGUUUUCCCAUAUUUCUAAGUGGGGAACAUUUGAUCAAUUUUUUGUGUGUGCUUGAGUAUCAUGAAAUGCAUUCUUUUCAUUUGGGGAUCCUAUGGCAAGAGAGUCCUGGGGAAGACUCUUACUGAGCACCUCCCUCCAUCCCCACAUGAGACACAAGGGCCACCAGAUGACUAUGAAGAUAACCAGACUUUUCUGGACAUAUUGGCUCUCAUGUCAAUCACUAUAGUUUGAAUGGAAGAGUUUGAGAUAAUGCUGUCAGACCUUUAACUGCUAAGAUGCUAUAACUUGUGUCUGAGACAGGAAUAUCCAGAGAGAAGAUAGCUCAGAAAGUAUUGUUAAGUUACCCAGAUGACACUGACAAAAAUGUGAUUCAUUAACCAGCAUCGAACUUUCAAUAUUCUCUGUACUGAAGACCUCAGGUAGCUAACAGCACAGCCCCCAUUCAUCAUUCAAAACUUCUCUAAUGUCACACUCAAGAUGCCCUGCGAAAGCCAUUCAGAAAUAUUAGACUUCCUCAGGCCAUCUGAUUCUAUCACAAAAUAGUUGCAUUUGAGUCAUUAAUAAUAUUUCCCUUCAGAAUAAAUUUGUAACAGUAGUAGAAUGGAUCAGUCUUACAGACAUUAACCCAGAAAUUUCUGUUGUCUUUUAUCAGCUCCUCACAGGCAGUUUAGAAGAGGAUUAUAGGUUUCAGGAUAGGAGGGAACAUGAAACAUUAUAAAAGUUAAAUAACUUUCUUAAGGCUGCAUAGCUAGUAAAUGGAAGAGGCAGGAUUCAGUUCCAUGUCUUCAGAUUCCAAGAUCAAUGUUCUUUUCCAUGUGCUACAGAGAAAGGCUGAUGAAUUGCUUAGAAUCAAUGUCUGAACCAACAUCCUUAAUUUAGCUGUACAAUAAUUCUCAGUAGGUCCAGGUAGCCAGGCAUAGCAUCAUUAACCAGGGAUCUAUUGGGUUCAGAGCUCUCUCUUGGGCAUUGGGAAGAUGCCCACUAUCUCCUCUCAGGGAGCUGUCUCACAGAUGAGACAGAUGAGAUUCACAUAGACAGAUGCCUCAAAAUAACAUCUUCAAAAGCAUGAUUUAAAAUACAUAAUACAUAAGGGCUUAAGAAUGUAACUCGGCCAAUGGAAGCCUGGAGAAGAUGAGAUUUGAAUUAAAUUUCUAGGCACCAUUUAGACUCCAUAGCUCAAGGGUUCUUAAAAAUACCAUCAUUAGUCUUAAAGGUUAGAAGAAAGAUAUGUAGAGAAGGGAAGAUGUGGAGACAUAGGGACCUAAGGUAAAGAUAAAUCCCUACCACCUUAGAAAUCAAUAUGAUAAUAAAUAUGUAUAUGCUUUUAUGUCCAUAUUGUUUCUGAGUCUUCCAUCUAAAAACAGACCUAAAUGUGAACAAGCCUCAGGGUCAAAGGAAAGCUAGGAGAAUUAACACCUUGAAGGAAGGAGGGGCUUCAGUGUCCUUUUUAGGGGUGUUUAAAAGGCCUGGAAAAGAAAGUCUCAGAAUAUAUACUGAAAGCAGAAUAGUGAGGCUGAAGGAAAGACCCCAGAAGAAAAAUGGAAGGGUCACGGCUGGUGUAUUUGAAGAGUCAGAGGCUCAUAUGUGCGUUAUUUGCUUGGGUGAAGACACUCAGCCAAUCACCCCUGAAUGUGGGUGUACUGUUUGUUUGUCUUGCCUCAGCAAUGAAACCCUUCCAUCUUCAGCUGGAUAUUCAGGCAGAUAUGGCCCUGCACCUUGAAGGAGAAGGCAUAUGACAAUAUCAGAGGAAGAAGAUUCAUUAUACAAACUUACUCCUAGAACAAAAGCAGGACUCUUUUCUUCCAGUAGAAUGGUAGCAUAAGCAAAUAUUUGUGCAGAGAUAUUGAGGUGGGUCUAAAUUGUGUUGAAUCUAUUGUAUUUAAUAAACUUGGAAAAAAUUAUAUUAAGCUUAGGUUCACUCUUCCUAAAGACAAAAGUGAUAUUAAAUAAAAUGUAUCAUUGAAGUAUUGUGAAGUAAUGUUUGUCCUUUUGUUCUUGCUCUAUCUUAUAAAUAAAUAGUCUUUUGCAAAAGCUAA